AUGUCUCGCCAUCAGCUCGAUUUGGUGCUAUGUCUCAAACAGCCCGGCACGGCAGUCGGCCGGCUGUGCGAGAAAUGCGACGGCAAGUGUCCCGCAUGCGACUCCCUCGUCAACGCGGCACGACCGGCACGCAUCUGCGACGACUGCGCGUUCGGGUCUGGUCGUGAAAAAUGCAUCAUUUGCGGCCUCCCUGGCAUCAGCGACGCAUACUACUGCCGCGAGUGCGUCAUGCUCGAGCGCGACAGAGACGGGUGUCCCAAAGUCGUCAAUAUCGGGUCCUCGCGCUCAGACAUGUUUUUCGAGCGCAAAAGACUGGGCAGGUGA